AUGGCCCGGCACGGCGCCGAGGACUACGCCGCCACCGCGUACCUCCGCGCCCAGCUCAAGGAUGCCGUCGCCGGUGUCAAGCGAAUGGAGAAGGAGGCCGUCGAGAAGGAUGUAGCGUUCGAGGAGCGCCUGGCGUCGCACGCGAAGGCGGCCGCCUCGCGAGAGCGAGAGAUCAUCGAGGACCGCGACGCCAAGGUGGCCGCCGCGGAGGCCACGGUGGGGGAGUACGAGCGAAAGUUCGAGGCUGUGCGCGAGUUCAAGGAAGAUUACGAAAAGGUGGAGGCGAGGCUGAACGCGAAGAGCGAAGAGUGCGAGGAGUUGCGGCGCCGGCUGGACCAGAAGGCUGCCGACGGCGAGCGGAGGUUGAUCGCGGAGCGGGCGACGCUGACGCGCGAGUGGGAGGCACGGUUCGAGGACCUCAAGCGAUCGAUGGAGGCGUCCGUGGAGGACCGAUACGACUCGGGCGUCAAGCGAAUCCUCGAGCAGAAUCGGCGGAUGGUCGCCGAGCUGAAGCUGCACUCGGAGGUGAGCGCGGAGAGCGAGGCGCGCGCCAGGACCGUCGCGCAGGAGAACCGCCGCCUGCGCCGCGAGCUCGACUUGCGACGCGAGAUGGAGGGCCUGUUCGCCAAGCGGGGCAUGAAGCAGAAGGAGCAAGUCGUCGAGAGCCGCGAGAAGAUGAGGGAUUUGGAGCGAAGCAUGUCGGACAUGGCGAGCAAGUACGGAGCGGAGAUCGAGUUCGCCCGCGCGGAGGCCAGGGAGGUCAAGGCGAGCGCCGUGGACGACGCGGCUCGGACCCGUCGCCUGCUGCGGGCCAGGUCCGACGAGCUCAGGGAGAUCAAGGCGCUGGCGAAGGAGGCGGUGCGACAACGCGGCGAGCUCGAGCGGUUCAUGAUCUCCUCGCUGGACCUGGUCAAGCGGGAGAUGGAGGCGGAGCGAGCCCGGGCGGGGGCGGGUGCGGGGGGCCGAGCGGGCUCCAGACCCGCCGCGGGCGGCUUAGAGGAAGCGGUCGCGGGUGACGUCGACGUCGCCGGGAUGUCCUGGGCCGAACGAGAGCGGGUGUUGCGUCUCGCGUUUGCGCGGAUGAACGCGUCAAAUCCGGAUCACGCGCGGGACCGACGAGGCGGCGGAUCGGCGAUGGACGGCGCGGUCGCCGAGGCGACGCCCCCGGCGAUGAUAUGA